AUGGGGAGCGUUACUUCUAUCCAGGAAAACUGUGAAGAACAAGCACAAGAUCCAGAGGCACCUCCACUCACUCGCGCGCUAGCUCGGGCACAACAGCUCUAUAAUAUCGCCAUUCUGAAUUUCGGUGUGGCCGAUCUCCGUUCGAUUACACGUUUAUUACGUUGUUCGCUUUCUGGAACAUAUAAAGUGGAUCGACAGACGUUGGUGGUGUUAGGUGGUGCGGUUAUAUAUGUUGCAAUGCCGUGCGAUGCUAUUCCUGAUUUCAUUCCGGUCUUAGGAUAUUUAGAUGAUGCCUAUAUACUGCGUCAGGCCAUAACUACAUGCUUGUCGGAAAUACGACGGUUUCAGCAGUGGGAAGAAGAACAACAAAGGAAUAAAUAA